CCCGUUAUUCCUUCCUUCCCUCCCUCCCUGUCCUCUAUUCCUUCUCCCUGUGCUUGUCUCUCCUCCCUCCUCGUUUUUCUCGCUCCCUCCCUUCGUUCCCCUCUCCCAGACUCCAAGCGCUGCAGCAGCUGCAGGUUUGUAAAUACUGGACCAACACACACAACAUGGCUGACGCUCGCCCUGCUCCUCCACCAGGGUCUCCGCCUUCUCUCUCUGUCUCCGCCGCUUAGCUUCUCCUCCGGUUAGGCUUUUGUUUCUUCCCCCUCCCCCUUCGUCUCCCAUCCAAAAAAAAGGAGGAAAAACAAUUCACCCUCUUAUUGCGCGCAUGGCGGGAUUUCAAGGGUGAGUCACUAUUUAGUGGCAUUCCUCUCUUUUUAACUGCUAUGUGAAAAUUGACAGCAGGUUCUAACAGAUGACAGAGAACAUGAUAGCAGCAAUGACAUUUCAUAAAGAAAUGAGAUUAAAAAGAGUACUGUAAUUGAAAGUGCAUCUUCUACACUUGAGGAAGGACAAAUUAAUGAAUGAAUGGUGGAUUAAUAAGUAGCUGUCUUAGUCCAAGUCAAAGAAGAUAGCCACAAAGUUGGGAAGAACUGGAUUUUCACCCUAGUCCAGCAGCUUUGCUGCUCACUUAAACACAGAUGAAUGAAGACCCCAUUUGGAAAAUCGCCAGGUCAGCGGUCCAGAGCUGAUGCAGGUCAUGCAGGAGUGUCUGCCAGCAUGAUGAAGAAAAGAACUUCCCACAAAAAGCAUAGAAACAAUGUGGGACCAAGCAAACCUAUUUCUCAGCCACGAAGAAAUAUUGUAGGCUGCAGAAUACAGCAUGGAUGGAAGGAAGGGAGUGGACCUGUAACACAGUGGAAGGGCACAGUUCUUGAUCAAGUCCCUGUAAAUCCCUCUCUCUAUCUUAUAAAGUAUGAUGGAUUUGACUGUGUGUAUGGACUAGAAUUGCAUAAAGAUGAAAGAGUUUCAGCACUUGAAGUUCUUCCAGAUAGAGUUGCUUCAUCUCGAAUUAGUGAUGCCCACCUGGCAGACACGAUGAUUGGUAAAGCUGUGGAACAUAUGUUUGAGACAGAGGAUGGCUCAAAAGAUGAAUGGAGGGGGAUGGUUUUGGCUCGAGCUCCUAUUAUGAACACAUGGUUUUAUAUUACCUAUGAGAAAGAUCCUGUCUUGUACAUGUACCAGCUCUUAGAUGAUUAUAAAGAAGGUGACCUACGCAUUAUGCCUGAUUCGAAUGAUUCACCUCCUGCAGAACGGGAACCAGGUGAAGUUGUGGACAGCCUGGUAGGCAAACAAGUGGAAUAUGCCAAAGAAGAUGGCUCAAAAAGGACUGGCAUGGUCAUUCAUCAAGUUGAAGCCAAACCAUCUGUCUAUUUCAUCAAGUUUGAUGAUGAUUUCCAUAUUUAUGUCUACGAUUUGGUGAAGACAUCCUAGACAUCAUUGUGAACUUUUUUGCCAAAUUUGUGGAACUAUUAAAUGUAAAAUUUGUAGACACAAAGACUUGACUGCUUUCCAGUUUAAUGAAAGCUUAAAUGUCCCUGCGAACCCACAAUCUCUGCCAGCAAAACUGUUUUCUUUUGAAUAAUAUAACCAAACAUUGACAUAUUUUGUGUAAGAGAACUCCUUUUCUUCAAGGAAGUCAAUAUAUUUGGGCAGGAGGGAGUUAAAAGCAAUGAACAGCUGCAAAUUCAAGCUGUGUAAAGUUGAUCUAGUAUUGUAAUCAAUCUAAAUUUUUUUCAUAGAUUUUAACUUUCUUCAACCUUGCACUCACUUGUUCAACUGCUACAUGCAAGUGUAGUUUGAUAUUUUGAUACGCCUUCUUUUGUAGCAUUAAAUUUAGUUUUUUGGCUACUGGCAGCCCUUGUUUUCAGGGUUGGGACAGAGGUGACUAUUCUGAAAAGUUUAAAGUUUGUGCAGCAUUGAGGAGUGCCUAACCCAAGUAACAUCAAUCUGCUGUGUUUCUACACUUUGUUUCAAAUUUAGCUUUCUAAGAACUUAUAGUACAUGGAAAUACUUGUGCAUUUUUACUAGUCACAGGGCAGUAGGAUAUCAAACAUUCGACUUAUGCACCUUUCAGUGAAAAGGCUUUCAACUGUAAAAGUAUAUUUAAUCUGUAUAACCAGUUAAUUAGAAAAUGCAGGUUAAUGGCCCAUAUUUACAAGUUGUAGGAACCAGUAAAAUACAUGCAACAAGGCUGCCUUUGAUCCUAAAUGUUGUACUUCUUUCUUUGUUCUUAGCAAAACCCAAAUGCUUGGUGCCACAACUUUAACAGUAUAUAUGCUACUUCAGAAGACUUUAGACUACACAUUGGCAAUUGGUAGUCUGUCACUGAAUUUCAAAACCUAGCAACCUGAAUGUUUGUAUGUGAACGUAGAAGCCUAACAGUUGUUAGUAUUACACAUGGUAAAUGCAAUCUCAUGCCAGGCGGGUGGAAGGGGCUGUCCUUUUACAAUGAAUACUUACUUUAGCGAAGGAGAAGCAUUUGUUGCCUUCUGCUCAGUCUGUUGCAUUCCUUUCUUUUGCUUGGUGGGAUUUUUUUUGGUUCGUUUUUGUUUGUUUGACUUGGGGAUCGUUUGUGUGUAUGUUUUGGGGGAUUUUUGUUGUUGUUCUGCUGGA